GUAAAUACCUGCUUAACGUGCUUAAUAAAAGAACGUGGGCUGAUCAUUGGUUAUCACCUUCAUCUAGUAACGACAGAGAAUCAAUUCACCUUUCGGUAAUCACAGCAGAACAGGUGCUCGCAGAGUCUAAAAUCCCAUGGGAACGAUGUUUUGUUCCUCAUAAAGUUAUACAUGUCCCCUACAAAGAUGACAAGGAAGAAACAAAGAAAAGGAGGAAGAGGAGGAAGAGCAAAAAGCGACGAGAUGCUGAGAAGCGGGGGAUAAUCAAGAAACAAACGAGAUUUUGUCCGAGAUUGUCAAAAGCCGAUCAGUCAUACACCUAUGGAUACCGAUCACGGAGAAGGAUUAUUAAUAUUGAUAAAGUAAAUAGUACUAGGUUGGACAUGUAUAAUUCCGGAUCCGGCACCCAAGGCACGAAUGCUGAAGGUAGAAGAAUUAUAAGGAACGAUAGUAGUAGCAAUGACAAAGAAUCCCUUAGACAUAAUAAUUGGGUGAGUUCACGUGGUCGAGAACGUGAAUUACACCGUCACAGAGGAAGGGCAAAAUGGAAUAGCCGUGGCCGUUUUUGA